GUGUUCAGAAUUGGGAGGGCAGGUUUGCAAUUCUCUUGUCAAAUCGAUCUCAACUGGGGAAGAGUGCGGGGAGCAACUAUCACCUCAAACAUCACCGUCAUUCAGAUUUUCUCCAGCGGUUAGUGUGUCCGAGCAUUAUACGUACAGAGAAGAAAAUCUCGUAUUAAGUCUCCAGGAACGUAAUUAAAACUGAACCCGAAAGCCGCUUUUUUGGAUGUACUACUCACUUUUUCCCCCUACUUUUUAUGUGGAUGUAGAAGUGACUUCCCCUCAAUGGCCUUUUUUUCUUCCUUGCUCUGUGAUGGAAAGCGGUAACAUGGGCAAAAUAUGCGCAGCACCUACUUCUAAAUAAAGAAACCACAGGUCGCUGUAGUCUAGCGGCAUAUCUGCUUUGCGCUCGCCCGUCCAGAGGUCCGACUGUAUCUCCGCGCGAUGGACUGGAAGGUUUUGGGGUCCUCCUGCAUUCGGUAAUUGGAAUCGGUGAAGUAAAGAAAAGUAAGACUACUGUGACCUUCCCGGAUUUCUUGCAUUGCGUUUGUGCGGACGAGAAUGUCUUCGAUUUGAUAUAUUCGGUGGCCUGGACCGUGAGUUGGGACACCCCAACAGCGAUGGUCAUUUCGCUCUGCAGACGGAGCGCCUGUCCAGAGGUGGAGUGAACGCAGAGAGACGAGCACGCAGGGACGAGAAAGGAUGAAACAGUGGGAGAAAUCUGUUUGGCCACUGGCAGGCAUCCUCCUGGUAUGUCUGAUGAUGCUGUGCUGCCAACCGGUGUCCGCUGGCAACCGUAACCUCCGGGGACAGACAGCCCAGUACCAGGUGAAGCAGGGUACUUGUGAGGUGGUGGCCAUACAUCGCUGCUGUAACAAGAACAAGAUCGAGGAGCGCUCCCAGACGGUCAAGUGCUCCUGCUUCCCCGGACAGGUUGCCGGGACAACAAGAGCGCAGCCCUCCUGCGUGGAAGCCUCCAUCGUGCUGCAGAAAUGGUGGUGUCAGAUGCAUCCCUGCCUGGAUGGAGAGGAGUGCAAAGUGCUUCCGGAUCUCACCGGCUGGUCCUGCAGCACUGGGAACAAAGUGAAGACAACCAAGGUUACACGGUAGCAAGGAAACUGCUAACCAGCUAUGAAACCUAAGACUUAUGUAUUUAACUUCCAUGUCUAAACAAAAGGCAAUCUGCACAAGUGAAAGAGAACAGUCAAUUCAACAGGACCCAGAAGGAUAUGGUGAAAGAAUAAAUCAAUCAAUCAUAUACAAUGUCAAAGGGCCAAUGAAGAGAUGGAUUUAAGGAGGAAGACAGGCACUUGAGAUGCAAAGGUGUGCCGUGCAACAGUGGAGCCAGAAUCUCGCAGAUAAAUACAGUUCUAGUCGAUUCAUAAUAAUGAUACUUGUCAGUGCUAUAUCUUCAUCGUGUAUGGAGUUUGAAAUCAGAGUGUGGCAUCAUCGCUAAGCAUUUCAGAUGCUUGCCACCAUCAAAGAGACAAAGUGAUUGUGUCAGAACGCCAUGGGGCUGCACUGCAUGGAGGCAGGAUGCAAACUCAACAGGAGGCGCUGUGGAGUCUUGCUGCUGAGAAGUUUAGUGGUUUGAGCGAGUUUAUAUUUGCAAGCAAGGGACUGCUCAUGAAUUUUGAAUAAAAUUAUUGUUAAAUUACUCUUGUGGGUCAAGUUACUACCAUGUAAUGUUUUUUGAAAGUCAUUUCGCAGUUCUAAUUAAGGCCGCUGAUAGGAUCAUAACAACAUAUUAAAAAUUCAUGUAAGAUAUUUGCACUAGUUGAAACUGUUUUCAGAAUUUUGUUUUUCUAGUUAUUUCAUGUUUUUGCUGUUGAUGUCAUAUAAAAUUAAAGAUCUUAUUUUAUAAA